GUGUGGUCUGCUGAGUGGAGAUGUCUGAUGAAGAGGACAAGCAGCAGAAACGCUCUGAACUGUGAACUGCAUCUGCUCUCUGUCAUCCAAACAUGACCAGCAAAUACUACGGACGAAAUAAUGUGGAGCUGAGGAUGGUGAUGGUGGGAAAGACUGGUAAUGGGAAGAGUGCCACUGGAAACACCAUCCUGGGACGACAGUGCUUUGAAUCCAAGUUCAGUGCAGCAUCUAUGACUGUGGACUGCUCUAAGGGCAAAGCUACAGUGGAUGGGCAGCAGGUUGCUGUGAUCGACACCCCGGGCCUGUUUGACACCAGAUUUGGCAUGGACAAAACUGCUAAAGAUAUAUGCCAGUGCAUCACUUAUGCUGUGCCUGGACCCCAUGUAUUCUUGGUAGUCAUCAGGCUGGGCAGAUACACUGAUGAAGAAAAGGAAACAGUGCAAAGGAUUCAAGAAAUCUUUGGCCAGGCAGCAGACAGAUACAGCAUGGUUCUCUUUACUGGUGGGGACCUUCUGGAUGACACCACUAUUGAGACGUUCUUGAAUGAAAGCCCAGACCUGCAGCGACUUGUGUCCAGAUGUAAUGGCCAGUACCAUGUCUUCAAUAAUAAGAUACAGGAUCCCUCUCAGGUCAGUGAACUGCUCCAAAAGAUCAGAAAUAUAGUCCAGAGGAACGGAGGAAGCCACUACACCAAUGAGAUGUUCCAAGAGGCUGAGAGGGCAAUCGAAGAGGAGAAACAACGCGUCCUGAAAGAGAAAGAAGAACAAAUACAGAGAGAAAAAGAGGAGCUGGAGAGGAAACUUCAGACAGAGCAUCAAGAACAGCUGAGGAAAUAUGCAGAGCAACUCCAGGCUGAGAAAGAGAGAGAGGGGAGAUUGAGAGAGGAGGAAAUGAGGAGGGAAAGGAUGAGGAGGGAGAGGGAGAGGGAGCUGGAAAGAAGAAGGGAGAGUGAGGACAGAGAAGCAGAAAGAAAGAGGGAGGAAGAGGAAAGACAAAUGAUGAUGGAAGAUAUGAGGAGACGUCUAGAGGAGCAGCGUGAAAGAGAACUAGAAGAGGAAAGAGAAAGAUUGAGAAGGCAAACACCACGACAGGCUGACAGUGAUGAUGACUGUACAAUUCUCUGAUUUGGUUUUCUGACCUUUCUUUGUGUGCCACUGUUCAAACCCACUGUGUAAGAAGGAGGGCUACUGCAGAUCAUUCAUCCCCACAGCCAUCAGACUGUUUAACUCAAGCACCACCUGAACAAUCACUUUCCACUCACCUAGUUUUGUAAUAAAUAUCAUAUAUUAAAAUGACAAUUUAUCCUAAUGCA